AUAUGUUGUUUUUUCUUCAUGUUCAAUUAUAACAUUGACUUAUUCGGUCAUUAUGGUAAUAGUUAUUAUUUUAUAAGUAUUAAUUCUAGAAUUCGAUAUAAAUUUAUUUAUAAGCAUAAGCGCAAUUUUGGGAGGGGGGCUAAAUUCCCUCAAAAUCAAUCAUAGCCCCCUCCCAAUAGUUUCUAUAUUUCCCCUUCCAUCUUUAUAUAUCUCAGGGAGCAUAAACAUACAGUAAAUACAUGCAAAUUAUAAUAGCCCUCCCCCCAAAUUUAAAACUCAAAUUGCGCCUAUGUUUAUAAGUCAUGCUAUAAUACAUAAUUUAUUAUAUUUUUAACAUACAGGUAUGUAUCUCGACAACCAAAUCGUUACCAGUUCUCAGCAUAAUUAAAAUCAUGGCUCCAUUUACAAUAGUUUCAUUUCAAUUAUUUUUACAUUGCUAUUUUUUUGGACUUAUAUACUUUAAGAAAGAAUCUGUCACUUAUGGAAUGUAUUCUUGUGAUUGGACAUCAAUGGAUUUAAAAUUUAAAAAGUUAUUACUUUUAUCAAUGCGGAUGAAUGAUGCUGACAAAUUAAUGAUUAAAGCUACGCCAACUAAAAUUAUUAAUUUAGAAUUUUUUGUUAAGGUGAUGAUAACAACCUACAACAUAGUGUCUGUAAUGGUGAAUACAUUUAAUUCGAAAAUAUGAUUUGAGCAAUAAUAAAAAAGAGCACUUUUUGUCUUUGCUCGGUUAAUUAUAGUCAUUGUUGAGUUGCAAUAUAAAUAGGACAUAGCUAUAUUGAUUCCUGGUUAACAAUUAGAAAUUAUAUUACCAUAUUAGAUUUUAUUUGUAACAGUGUUUCUAGUGUACUAAUGGGAACUAUCUCAAAACUGGUUUAAGUUUCUUAUUAAGAUUAUUGUCGAUCUUUCGAUUUUUUGUUUGUUCACCUAAUACUAUUCAUUUAUAGACAAAAUACAAAACAACUAGUAAUUUCUAGGAGUUUUUAUGUAAUAUUAUCGA